CGACUGGAAACUGUUGCACUGCUACAUGUACAGGCUGCUUAACACAGUUCAAUAAGUGGGCGGCAAAUUAAAUAUAGCUUGUUCGCGAAGGUUACAUGCCCGUAGCGCCACAUUGGGUUGGUGGAUGCUGAAGUGCUAGCAAGCCAGCUAACAUUAGCCUGCAGUUUUUGGCUGGACUGUCUACCCGGUGAGGUGUACUGACUGACCAUGUCCUUCCACUCGAACCGGGGUUGUCCAAGGGGACGCCCCCCUCCAGGGUCGCAUAGCUCUCCCCAGAACUACCGCCCCCCCAGCCUAAGGCCACCUGCCUCUCAGUCCCACAUGCCUCCCUAUCACUAUGAACCACCGCCACCACCCCCCUGCGCAGGCUACAGAGGACAGGGCAGUGCUUACCCACCCCCGCGACCAGACUACCUCCCCUAUCCUCUCUCUGCGCCUUCCCAGUCACUUGCACCGGUCAGCCAGUGUCCUAUGCGUCCUCCAUUCAGCGGUGCCCCAUCCCGGCUGCAGGGCUUUCCUCCGGACACGCCCAGCUUCCCUCCGCCACCCUUGCCCAACCCUUCUGGCGCUCCCCCCAGUGCCCAGAACCCAUAUUCCUACAUGAUGCCCAACGUACCCCCUCCGCCUCUGCCCCCACACCCUCCCAUGCCCCCGGCAGUGAGCUAUCAGUCUGGAUACCCGCCGCUGCCUUAUGCCAACCCUCACUACCCUCCCCCAGGAUUCAAUCCUGCCCCCUUCCGCCAAGCGCCACCUUAUAAGAGCGAGAAGCCCUCGUCCGAGCGGCCCAGAUCCCCUGAGCGCAGAGGUCACCACAGUGACCACCGGCACAAGAGCUACGGCUACAGCAGCCAUGGCAGUGGCAGCGGCAGCGGCGGCGACAGACAUAAGAUGGAGUAUGGAGCGGACAGGAAGGAGAGAGGCAGGAGCGCUGAGAGGAGGCGAUCUGAGGGCGGACGGUCGGAGGGCGGACGGUACCGUGCGGACUAUGACCGUCCGCGGAGUCCGCCCAGACACAGGAGCCGGGAACGCAGCAGGGAGAGGUAUCGCCAUAGAGACCGUGGUUCCCCGCCUCUGGACCGCCACAGGAAACGGGGAAGGAGUCGCUCGGGCAGCCGCGAGAGGAAGAGAGGACGAUGGGAAGAGGAGCGCGAGCGCAGGUCCGAGGUCAGCUCGGGGUCAGCGAGCCGCGAGCGAAGCCACGCCUCCUCGACCUCGUCUUUCCGGAGCCGCGAGGCCGAGGACACGCCCGCGCCCAGCGAUCGCCAUGACGAUGAGAAGGACGAGGAGGACCAGCUGCUGAAGCCAGCGUGGAUUCGCUGCACUCACGCCGAGAACUACUUCUCCAACGACCCCAUGGAUCAAGUGGGCGACUCCACCGUGGUGGGCACCAGUAAGCUGCGGGAUCUGUACGAGCGCUUCGAGGAGGAGCUCGGCCGCAGGCAGGAGGGCGCCAAGGCAGCUCGCCCCAAAUGGGAUCCGCCCAGAACCAAGCUGGACGAAGACCAGGAUGUCAGCUCCAGCGAAUCGGAGUGUGACUCUGACGAAGAGGGCUCCAGCUGCUCCAGCAGUUCCGACUCGGACGUGUUUGACGUCAUCGCCGAGAUCAAGCGCAAGAAGGCGCACCCCGACCGCCUGCACGAGGAGCUGUGGUACAACGACCCCGGGCAGAUGAAUGACGGCCCUCUGUGCAAGUGCAGUGCCAAAGCCAGACGCACAGGAAUCCGACACAGCAUCUACCCCGGAGAACAGCCGGUGAAAGUGUGCCGUAACAUGAACAACAACUCAGGAAAGCUCUUCCACUAUCGCAUCACUGUGUCUCCACCGACCAACUUCCUGACGGACCGGCCAACCGUUAUUGAGUAUGAUGACCAUGAGUACCUGUUUGAAGGCUUCUCCAUGUUUUCGCACAUGCCUCUCACAAAUAUCCCCUUGUGUAGAGUGAUACGCUUCAACAUCGACUACACCAUCCACUUCAUCGAGGAGAUGGCGCCCGAGAACUACUGUGUCAGAGGCCUGGAAUGUUUUGCCAACUACCUGUUUAAAGACAUCUUGGAGCUCUAUGACUGGAACCUCACGGAUCCGGAGUCAGACACCGAGGCUCCUGGUUGCCAGAAGUUUCACUUCAUGCCACGCUUUGUCCGCUUCCUCCCAGACGGCGGUAAGGAGGUGCUGAGCAUGCACCAGGUGCUGCUGUACCUGUUGCGGAGCAGCAAGCCGCUGGUGCCCGAGGAGGAGAUCGCCAACAUGCUGCAGUGGGAGGAGCUGGAGUGGCAGAAAUACGCCGAGGAGUGCAAGGGCAUGAUCGUCACCAACCCUGGCAUGAAACCCAGCUCUGUGCGAAUAGACCAGUUGGACCGGGAGCAGUUCAACUCCGAAGUCAUCACCUUCCCCAUCAUCGUUCACUUCGGCAUCAGACCAGCCCAGCUCAGCUAUGCUGGAGACCCUCAGUAUCAGAAGCUGUGGAAGAGCUAUGUCAAACUACGCCACCUGCUGGCCAACAGUCCCAAGGUCAAGCAGAUCGACAAGCAGAAGCUGACACAGAGAGAGGAAGCCCUUCAGAAGAUCCGUCAGAAGAAUACCAUGCGGAGAGAGGUCACUGUGGAGCUGAGCAGUCAGGGCUUCUGGAAGACUGGCAUCCGCUCUGAUGUCUGUCAGCACGCCAUGAUGCUGCCGGUGCUAACCCACCACAUCCGCUACCACCAGUGCCUCAUGCACUUGGACAAGCUCAUCGGCUACGUGUUUGAGGACCGCUGUCUGCUCCAGUUGGCUAUGACCCAUCCCAGCCACCACCUGAACUUCGGCAUGAACCCCGACCACGCCCGCAACUCGCUCUCCAACUGUGGCAUCCGGCAGCCCAAAUAUGGCGACAGGAAGGUGCACCACAUGUACAUGAGGAAGAAAGGAAUCAACACAUUAAUCAACAUCAUGUCCAGGCUUGGACAGGACGACCCAUCUCCUUCCAGGAUCAAUCACAACGAGAGGCUGGAGUUCCUUGGAGAUGCUGUGGUGGAGUUCCUUACCAGCGUGCACCUGUACUACCUGUUCCCCAGCCUGGAGGAGGGGGGCCUGGCCACCUACCGCACCGCCAUUGUCCAGAACCAGCACCUGGCCAUGCUGGCUAAAAAACUGGAGCUGGACCGCUUCAUGCUUUAUGCUCACGGCCCUGACCUCUGCAGGGAGUCCGACCUCAGACAUGCCAUGGCCAACUGCUUUGAAGCCCUCAUAGGGGCGGUUUAUUUGGAGGGAGGAUUGGAAGAGGCCAGGCUGCUUUUUGGGAGAUUGCUUUUCAACGGCGAGGUUUUACAGGACCUGCGGGAAGUUUGGCUCCACUAUCCACCACAUCCACUGCAGGUGCAGGAGCCAUUGACGGACCGGCAGCUGAUCGAGUCGUCUCCGGUGCUGAAGAAGCUGACUGACUUUGAGGACUCCAUCGGCGUGCUCUUCACACACGUGCGGCUCCUCGCUCGCGCCUUCACACUCCGCACGGUUGGCUUCAACCACCUCACCCUAGGCCAUAACCAGAGGAUGGAGUUCCUGGGCGACUCCAUUAUGCAGCUGGUCGCCACUGAAUAUCUCUUCAUCCACUUUCCCGACCAUCACGAAGGACACCUCACGCUCCUGAGGAGUUCCCUGGUGAACAACCGUACCCAGGCGAAGGUGGCGGAGGAGCUGGGCAUGCAGGAGUUUGCCAUCACCAAUGACAAGACCAAGCGGCCCGUGGCACUGCGCACCAAGACACUGGCUGACCUGCUGGAGUCGUUCAUUGCUGCCCUGUACAUAGACAAGGACUUGGAGUUUGUGCACACGUUCAUGAACGUCUGCUUCUUCCCUCGACUCAAGGAGUUCAUCCUGAACCAGGACUGGAAUGACCCCAAGUCCCAGCUGCAGCAGUGCUGCCUGACGCUUCGCACGGAGGGCAAGGAGCCCGACAUCCCCCUCUACAAGACACUGCAGACCGUUGGGCCGUCUCAUGCCAGGACCUAUACUGUGGCCGUCUACUUCAAGGGGGAGCGCAUCGGAUGUGGCAAAGGCCCAAGCAUCCAGCAGGCUGAGAUGGGCGCCGCCAUGGACGCUUUGGAGAAAUAUAACUUCCCGCAGAUGGCCCACCAGAAGCGCUUCAUCGAGAGGAAGUACCGCCAGGAGCUGAAGGAGAUGAGGAGAGAGCGCGAGCGACAGGAGCGUGAGAGCGAUGACGGCGAAGACGGCAGGAAGUGAUGUCAGAGGUCAUCACAAGGGGACGGGGGACGGUGCCCUAUCGGGAAUGCACACACGCCAGCAGCUCACAGACUUCAUCAUGGGGAUUGAACUGUUUCACCAUCAUGUCAAAGAGAUAGGUCAUGCUAGAAUUGACAUUCUGUCCACUCCCGGUCAUUCCCUUGGUGGAAACGGUUUCAUUUGUGGGGUUGUUUUCCCCAGGGGGAAUGGUCAUGCCAAUCCGUUUCUAUACAGUUUGGAAUUCACAGUGGCCUUGUGUUUCCUUCUCCAAAGAAAUAAAGAAAACGUCUAUGAAAGACCUCUAUGCUUCAAAUGUUUAGACGCCAUUAGACAACUUUGUGGGAGGAACAAAGCAACGCAAUUUUAUGCAAAGCAUUACUGAAAAGAGUCCUUCUACAUAUGCAUUAGAUGUAAUAAGCAACGUGCACAGUCUCUAUUCACAGACUUGGACAAUGAGGAACUUCUGAGGCAGUUGUGAAUGUUGGCAAAAUGGCCACAGCAUUUUCGUCAGGAAUUCAAUAGCACAUGUGGAAAGAAGGCUUUGCAAUAUAACAGUUGAACAGACAGACUAGCAGUUUACUGAUUUCUGUCCCUCAUCGAAUUCAUCACAACACUUUUGAGUAUUCAAGAGGUGGUCUGAAAAUUCACAUUGAGGUGGUACAUGAGUGGCAUUAUGAUGAUUAUCCUUGUUUUUCUGGUGUACGAUCCCUUGGAUGUUUCUCUUAAACUUUUCUAAUCUAUCUGAAGCUGUGUAUGUGUGUGUUUUGUAUGUUAUGGAGUUGUCUGUGUACAUGUUUUAAAAGAAACCCCUGUCUUGGUAAUAAAUCGUAACAGAAGUGAAUUCCAA